CGAGAUUACAUAGACAUUUGAUUAUUUGAAAUUAAGGACAAAUAGUGAGGUGUUCCUCCCUCUACACUCAUUCUUAUCUAAAGAAAACCAGCGUUGCAUCCAACUGUACUUUGAAUGAACACUAUAAUCACGUAGUUUCUCGAGUUUUAAAAAAAAAUUAAGAAAGAGGAGAUGAGUGGAGAAAGUAGAAACGAUCAGUAAUAGCUAUAUAGUUGAUUGGAAAUUACAGUACAUGUAAUUACAAUGAUUUUUACGAAGCUGCAUGUUUAUUUGCAUAGUGUUGUGCGCAAUAAGAACAGUACAGCGUUGGGCAAAAGCAGGAAGCUGAUGAUUAAUGUCACGGUCAGCAAGGUUCUCACUCUUGACAAGAGUACAUAGGAAAUCAUGAAUUUCUAAGUGACAACGCGGGUAUUGUUUGUGAAGAACUUUAAUCGUAAUAGACGUCAAGAUGGUGGAACCGAUUUUUGACUAUCAGUUUCGUCUGAUACUGAUUGGUGACAGUACAGUCGGAAAAAGUUCGUUAUUGAGAUAUUUCACUGAUGGGAAGUUCGCAGAGCUUUCAGACCCAACAGUUGGAGUAGACUUUUUUGCUCGAUUAAUCGAAGUUAAAGAUGGAACAAGAAUAAAGUUACAAUUGUGGGAUACAGCUGGCCAAGAAAGAUUCAGGUCAAUCACAAAAUCCUACUACAGGAAUUCUGUUGGAGCUUUGCUUGUAUAUGAUGUUUGCAAUAGAGCCAGUUUUGAACAUAUUCCUCAAUGGAUGAUGGAAGCUCGUAGGCAUAUUGAACCACAUCGCCCUGUAUUUGCAUUGGUAGGUUGUAAGUUAGAUUUAGUUACUAAUGGUGGUAGACGAGAAGUUUCAAAAGAAGAAGCAAGAGCUUUUGCUGAUCAACAUGGAGUACAUCAUAUUGAAACUAGUGCAAAGACAGGAAUUAAUGUUGAAGAGACAUUUCGAACAGUUACACAGGAAGUUUAUAACAGAAUACAAACUGGUGAAUACAAAGUAGAAGAUGGUUGGGAUGGUAUAAAAACUGGAUUUGCUAGGCCAGGUGGUUUAGAUUUUAAUCUAGUCGAAGCAGAACCUGCUAAAACUUCUUGUUGUUAAGUGAAUAUUUAAUUUACUGAAAAGAUCAACAAAUUUCUUCACUUCAGUGGUAAUAUUUCACAGUUUGAUUUUAAUUGUAUACAUUACUGGUCUUAAUUUAUGUAUACAAUUAGAUUGUACAUAUAUGAUUAAAAUGUUUUAAUAUCAAUUCAGUUGACAAAAAGAAUGAUUUUCUUUUACAAAAGUAAGAUUUUGCUGCAUUCUCGAUUUUGAAGAAACCAUUAACAGUAAAUAUAAAACUGUGUAUAAGUCUUGAUUACACGUUUCUGUACAUAGCUUGUAUAAAUAAAUAACUCUGUAUUAUUGAAGCACACAGAUAUUAAAUUAGCAGUGUUUUCUAUGUUAUUUAAAGAAUAAAUUACAUAAGCAUGAAUAACAUUGUUUAUAAUACAAACUUAACCAUAAUGUUUUUGAUAUAUUUUGUUGUAUAUUAACUACUUUGCUGUAUAGAAGGAAUAACGGCUGUGCUUCUUUUUCAGAAUAAUUUCUUAAAUGAUAUCACGAAAGUUUACUAUAAAUUUUACAAGAAGAAACAUAUAAUUUUUC